UGCGACGCACCCGUCAUGACGGUGGCGGUGAACGCCAUGGUAACGUACGGGGAGCUCGAGCGAAUCUUCUGCACGUGCACAUCACACUAUUUCUGCUCUACCGUGCCACAAUCCGGCGCAGUAACUUCUGAAGGAGAGCUGCAGAACGAAACAGGACCUGAGGGUGCUCAGGAAGGGCGAGGAAUGGAAGGUGAUGAUCCCACCGUCCUAUCAGAUACGGCGCGUGCGCCUGGUGACAGGUCAAAUGCGCAGAAUCGAGGUGAAAAGAGCGACGUGAACCUGCAUGCGUCUGUUGUGGUACCGCGGGAGACGGACAAUCACGGGGAGUUUUCAGUAACGCUCUACCCACCACGGCCGGCGGAAGAAGACAAGCAGAGUAUGGAGCAGAGUGAAAGGCCCGAGUCAGAAGCCGUCCUCCAGGCGAAGGAUGACGAUGAGGUAUCAGAGGACAAUGCUGUGCUGAGCGAACGGCAAGAGUGGCAACGCAUCGAAACAGUGGGUAGGGAGUGGUUGAAAUCUCAGGUUGCUGCAUUUGUGCCGCCAGACGUCACACCUUGGCCUGAUCCAGAUUCGUCGGUGGAUCGGCUGUUUGCAAAGAAGUUUCCCUCCGGGAAACUUUUAAUUCUGGAACCUGAUGAGCCCGGCGGAACGUAUGAGGUACUUUAUCGAGGUCCCGUCCUUGGGCGAGGCACCCGUGGGAUUGCCUUCAAGGGAACAAUGGUGGCCACCGGAGAACACUUUGCAGUGAAGUUGCAAUUUGUGCGCAAGUCUUUAUUCCGAAGGCGUAGUUCCUUACUACGGGACCUUGUCAAAUAUCUACAGCAAGAGUUUGCAGUCCGCAAUAUGCUGGUUGCGGCAUACGGCGAAGAAAACGUACAAAAAAAGGGUAUGGUGCUGCCUCUAACUGUUCGCCGACGGCAUGCGUUCGGCGACUUUAUUACAACGCCCUUUAGCUUCACGAUGUUUUGGAAUUUCCUUGUUUUCUAUCCAUUAAUGAAAUGCACCCUAGGAAAUCUCUUGGUAGGCCCACAUUGGCCGAGAGAAGCGAGAUUGUUCGUAGCGAAACGCCUCAUCGAGAUUGCUGCAGCGCUUCAGCGUGCAGGCGUAUUGCAUCGAGAUAUCUUUGAGUCGAAAAUCCUUCUUCAAGAAGGUUCAGGUGAUAUUUUUUUCGCGGAUUUCGGAGACGCUUCGGGAAAGCACAUGCAGAGUGGUAUCGCUUGGAUAGAGCUACAGCUUGCAGAGUCCUCCAGGCUCGGUCACUUGGUAUACUACGUUUAUACAGGAAAAACGUUUACUAAAUUCUGGAAGUUCAGGUGCACUGAUAACGUGCUUUUUCAUAACGAUGUGAACGUGAAGGACGUGCCCCUUGCUGAUAAACUCAUCCGGAAUGCAAUCAAAGCAUUAAUAACCUGCAAUAAGGAUAAGAGGAUUCUCCCACAGGAAAUUACUGCAUCUAUUCCGUUUUUCCGGGAUGAACCUGAAUUCUAUGAGAGCAAAUGAGACGUUUGAUUACCAAGUGCCGAAGGAGAGGUAGAGUGACAGCUACCACUGACACGUUACUGUGGAUCAGGGAAAUCUUUUGUUUUCCGCGAAUUACACAUCGGCAUCUCUAUGAUUCAUCACAAGAAAGAGGACGCACGCUUUUGACAGCGAAAAACGCCAAUGUCGCGUUUAAUUCGUGCACGCAGUUGGCUCCUCCGACGGUAAACACAUACGCAUGGUAGAAAACAACGGAAUCAAGGUGUGAUCGCAUCGUUGUUGUUCGUUGGUGUGUGUCUCCAAUGAAUCUGCAUGUUGAUGCCGACCAAGGCUUCUCAGCCUGGAGGCAUACUAUUAGUCAUCGUUUCAGGUGAAGGAUUCCGGAGCAGUGAUAUUGGACUUGUUAGUCUGUUUUCUGUAUUCGGGAUGUGCCGUUAUUUCAGACAUACGGUGUCUCCUCCGGUGAACCGGGGUACAUGCCAUCGCUUAACGACUAACUGAUAGGUGAGGAGCUUGUCACAUAAAUUUGAGCGAAGCAUGAUUCCUCGCCAUAAACACAAUGAGCCUGUCUCUUUUGACUUAUGGUCUUCCAUGUUUUUUCCGGAAGAAGACGAAUGGUAUUCUGCAAGUGCGUUGACAGCGUUUCAUCUUCUCUGUCAAAUGUUCAAAUGAACUGUCGAUUGGCUGGGCACAUCGUUUGGUGUCAUUUAUCAAGAUUAGCUUGUGAUGUGUUUCCACAUGAGCCGGUACAGACCGCAGCUUAAUCAUGGAAACUGG